AGUCUGCUAUAGAUCUGAAAUGUGAACAGCUCAGUUAUAAAUCUGCUGUGGACAGACAACUACAUUAUUUCUAUUACAAGAAGCAACAUACUUCAUUUUUAAAUUGAUAUCAUACGUCAAACAAAAUAUUCCACCAUGAGUUAUUUUUCUAAAGUAAUUGAUGUGAACAAAUUGUGUUUACAUGAUAAUUAUAAUAGCUUCUUUCAUGACAAGAUGUGCCACGUCUGCAAGAAAGUUGUUACACCAUCCUCAACAUUUGCAGAUUUGUGAAUAUAUAAAUAGAUUUUUACAAGAGAAUAAACUACGCCGAAACUGUGCUUUAAGUUUAACUAAUUGGAUUCAGUUAAGACAACAAUUUCUAAGCGCAAUUAAGAAAUGGACUCUACGUAAACUAAAGCAGUAUGAAGAACAGAUGAUACUUUUUGCAAAAUCAUGCUCUAUUUGUCAUAGACAUUGCAGAACGUGUUAUUCGGACUAUUAUUGCAGUGACCAUAUUUCAAGGUUUACAUUAGUCAAAAUGCCAACAACAGAACAUACUAAUGACAUGAAUAUAUUUAUUACAACAUAUUUGUGUUCCGCACGAAAUACCAUUAUAGAGGCAAUGAAUUCUAAAUAUUUCUACUGUGAUUAUGUAUCAGGACAUUCUGCUAUGGAAUGAAGAACGCUGGUACAACCACUAUUACGAUCCAUUCUCGACUCAAACAUAUUUCAAUAUAAAUAUGUUAUUCACGUGAUAGUGCUAAAUGUCUUAGAAAGGGAAUAUUUAAAUGUUUGGGACAUAUUUUUACAUCUCAUAAGUUUCAUAAAGGAUCUAACAAUUGUCCUGGUAGGACCAAAUUUUGAGCAGGAUUAUUAUAACCUAGAACUUUGUAAUCGAUGCAGGCGCAGUAAAUAUUUCAUGUUGAAAUUUAUAAUACAUUUUACCAUAUGUAUGUAGCCGAUCCGUCUCUUAAACAACCUGAUAUAAUUUUGGAAUUUCAAGCAGAUUUUAGUAAUGAGUGGACAUGUUCGCGGAACAUAUUUUUGUCACUGAUUAGACACUAUCCGUUGAUUUUAACCAUUACAUCGGCACAAAAAGCAGAACAAAACAUGUCUAUUUUAAGAUAAAUUUUAGGUUCUCAUAUAUAACCUCUCCAUAAUGCUCAAAAUCUUUUUAGAUCUUGGAGGCCAUGGAGGGAUUUGGAAACUUGUUCUGUAUAUUUUCGUAAUGAUUAUGUAACUGUUUAUCGUAACACAUCUAUUUUAUGGAGACUUAACUAAACGAUCUGGAAAAUUUGUAUACGAUUUUAGCAUUAUGUUGAUAACAUUUCUAUAUAUAAUAUACAAGAUGUAUUGUUUGUAUAAACGAAUUAUGAAUAUUUUUAAUAAAAGACACUUUUCAUUAUA